ACGAUCACAAAAUAUUUGGAGCUUUUUGUUUUUCAAAUUCCCAAUUUUUAUUAUUUUUAAUUAAUUUAAUUAUUUAUAUCAAAAUUCAAAGACAAAGAGAAAGAGAGAGAAAGCUUUGAUAGUUUCAAAUCUCACAAACAAAACGCCUUCUUCUUCUUCUUCCCUCCUCUCCACACUUCCGACCGCCAUUUUCUUCUUCUCUCUUAACCUUUUUUCUGGAUUUUAUCUUAAUUCUUUACUAUCUUCGCCGGACAUCUUGGACUGAACUGCAGCGAAGCUGACCGUGGCUUUUUUCUGGUCUUAGCUAGCUUAUUGGUGAUCAUCCAUAUGCUAUCUAUUUGAGGAAAUGACUCUUCUUAGUAGAUUCUUUUACAAGAGACCCCCAGAUGGGUUGCUGGAAUUUAUUGACCGAGUAUAUGUUUUCGAUUCGUGUUUUUCAACGGAAGUCUUGACCGAGGAAUUGUACCAAAUAUACUUGCACGAAAUCAUUAAUGAGUUGCAUGAAGAAUUCCCGGAUUCAUCUUUCCUUGCAUUCAAUUUUCGCGAUGGAGAAAAGCGAAGCCAAUUUGCUAAAAUACUAUGUGAAUAUGAUGUUACCGUUAUGGACUAUCCUCGGCAAUAUGAGGGUUGCCCUCUUCUCCCAUUGGCUUUGAUUCAACAUUUUCUUCGUGUUUGUGAUAAUUGGCUGUCACUUGGGAAUGAGCAGAAUAUUAUUCUUGUACACUGUGAGAGAGGGGGUUGGCCACUCUUGGCAUUUCUGUUAGCUAGUUUUCUGAUUUUCAAAAAGAUUAACAGUGGUGAACGCAAGACUCUUCAAAUUGUUCAUCGAGAAGCUCCCAAAGGUUUCUUGCAGCUGCUAUCACCUUUAAACCCGUUGCCAUCUCAACUUCGUUAUCUUCAGUAUGUGACAAGAAGAAAUAUAACUUCAGAGUGGCCACCUCCUGAGCGAGCUUUGUCUUUAGACUGUAUCAUUCUUCGAGCUAUACCUAGCUUUGAUUCCCAAAAUGGCUGUAGACCAAUUAUUCGUAUUUUUGGUAGGAAUCUCUUAAGUAAGGGUGGGGUUACUACCCAAAUGUUAUUUUCUAUGUCGAAAAAGAAGACUCUGCGACAUUACUGUCAGGUAGACUGCGAUGUGAUCAAAAUUGACAUUCAGUGCUUGGUUCAAGGAGAUGUUGUGAUGGAGUGCGUCCAUUUAGACCUGGAUUCUGAAAGAGAAGUUAUGAUGUUUCGCAUAAUGUUCAACACUGCAUUCAUUCGUUCAAACAUAUUAAUGUUAAAUUCUGAUAACUUGGACAUACUUUGGAACUCAAAGGAGCGGUAUCCAAAAGGAUUUCGGGCAGAGGUGUUGUUUGGGGACGUUGAGAACAUCUCUUCACCUAGGGCUCCAACAGUAAUUUUAAAUGGUGAAGAAAAAGGUGGCUUACCCAUAGAAGCUUUUUCAAGGGUUCAAGAACUAUUCAACGGUGUUGAGUGGGUUGAUGGCAAUGAUGAUGCUGCACUAUGGUUACUUAAACAACUCUCUAUCAUGAGUGAUGCAAAAGACUUUUCAAAGUUUCAAAAUAAGACCAGUUUGUACUCUUCACCUGGUGACUCCGAAGAAGAAAACAAUGCAUCUAGUACUGCUGAUAGUACUGAUGAAACUUUUGAUAUUGUUUCAAAGACUUCAAUGGAUUCUGCAAAGCCAUUGAUACUAGAUGCAGUUGAUUCAAUUCCUUCAUCUUUUGAUCAAGUGAUGGUUGAAUCGAGACAAUCAUCAUUUCCAAGUGAAGGAACUCAAUCACCCUUUCCCUCUCACUCACAUCCUCAACAACAACCAUUAUCUCCAACGUCAACAUCAAUAACAAGACCACCGUCGUCGUCACCUCCUCCAUCACCGCCACCAACCUUCAAUAAGGAAUAUACUAAACCAUCUUUUGAUACUAUCAAAGGUCCUCCACCACCUCCUCCACCACCUCCACUUGGAAGUAAUACUAGGUCACCUCCACCACCUCCACCUGGAAGUAAUACUAGGUCAUCACCUCCACCUCCACCUUCAACUAGUAAUGCUACUAGACCCCCACCCUCACCCCCACCCCCACCAUCUAAUAGUAACUCUACUAACAAACUACCACCACCCCCACCUCCACCUCCACCUCCUCCUCCACCAUUGUUGUCUAAUGGAAAUACUAUUAGACCACCACCCCCACCCCCUCCUCCUCCAUAUGUUGGUGGUACUACUAAAGCACCAUCACCAUCACCCCCUCCACCCCCACCCCCUCCAUUUGCUGGUAAAAGUGUUAAAGCACCCCCACCGCCUCCACCUCCACCAACUGCUGGUAAUACUACUAGACCACCGCCUCCACCCCCACCUCCUUUAGGUGCUGCCAGAUCUGCGCCUCCACCUCCACCCCCACCUCCUUCAGGUGCUGCCAGAUCUAUGCCUCCACCUCCACCCCCACCUCCUUCAGGUGCUGCCAGAUCUGGGCCUCCACCUCCACCUCCUGCACCAAAACUCCCUAAUGCUCCUCCACGGUCAACUCAUGGUGUUGCACCAUCCCCACCCCCACCCCCACUGCCAGGGGCUAAGCAAUCAAGUGCACCACCACCACCACCUUUGAAAGGAAAAGUCUCUUCCGGAUCAACAACUCAAGGAAGAAGUAAGGGUGCAAGUGUUGCGGCUAAUGCCCCCAAAAAAGCUUCUUUAAAGCCUCUACAUUGGGUGAAAGUUACUCGGGCAAUGCAAGGAAGUUUAUGGGCUGAUUCUCACAAACAAGACAAUCAGUCAAGGGCUCCAGAAAUAGAUAUAUCGGAACUCGAAACUCUAUUCUCAGCUGCAUCUGUUACAGAUGGCGCUAGUAACAAGGGUGGAAUUCGUCGUGGUCCUAACAUAAACAAGCCAGAAAAAGUGCAAUUGGUUGACUUGCGCAGAGCAUAUAACUGUGAAAUUAUGCUAUCAAAGAUUAAAAUACCUCUGCCAGAAAUGAUUAAUGCUGUUCUGGCUUUGGAUUCUUCUACGCUGGACAUUGAUCAGGUUGAGAAUCUCAUUAAAUUUUGUCCAACAAAGGACGAAAUGGAAAUACUCAAGAAUUAUACAGGUGAAAAGGAAAAGCUUGGGAGGUGUGAACAGUUUUUCUCGGAACUGAUGAAGGUUCCACGAGUUGAAUCCAAGUUGAGGGUGUUUGCUUUCAAAAUCACAUUUUCCAGUCAGGUGACUGAUUUGAAAAAUAAUCUGAAUACAAUUAACAAUGCUACUAGAGAGGUGAAAGAAUCAGGAAAAUUGCGUCAGAUUAUGCAGACAAUUCUAACUUUGGGAAAUGCUCUGAAUCAAGGCACUGCACGAGGUAUCUCAUUUUUCUUUCUUUGUUUCUUAUUCUUUUUGCUUCUUGACACAAUCCUAAUUUUGCUUUUCCUCACUUUUCAUAUUCCAGGAUCUGCCAUUGGGUUCAAAUUGGAUAGUCUUCUAAAAUUGUCGGAUACUCGUGCAAGAAAUAACAAAAUGACGUUAAUGCAUUACUUGUGCAAGCUUCUUGCCGAGAAAAUGCCAGAGUUGUUGGAUUUUGAUAAGGAUCUUAUGCAUUUAGAAGGUGCCUCUAAGAUUCAAUUGAAAGCUUUGGCUGAAGAAAUGCAAGCUGUGAGCAAAGGUCUUGAAAAGGUUGAGCUAGAACUUGCUGCUUCAGAAAGUGAUGGUUCAAUCUCCCUCGGUUUCCAGACGGUUCUAAAGGGUUUUCUUGAAACUGCGGAAGCUGAAGUACGGUCACUAAUUUCGUUAUACUCUGAAGUGGGAAGAAACGCAGAUUCUUUGUCCCAAUACUUUGGAGAGGAUCCAGCUCGGUGUCCUUUUGAACAAGUGACACAAAUUUUGGCUGUCUUUGUAAAAAUGUUCAAUAAGUCGCGAGAUGAGAAUGUUAAGCUAGCUGAUGCUGAGAAAAAGAAACAAGAGAAGGAAGCCAUGAAAGAACGGAGCAUGGCUCUUGCAUCUGCAAAGAAAGAUCAAGAAAAACACUCUUCAAUCUCAGAGGCUAUUCUGGGGAAAACAAAAAUCAAAGAAUAGUCUGGCCUGACGCGACUCCUGAGAUUACAAAAAAAAAAAAAAAAAAAAAAAAAAGAAAAAGAAAUAAAGGAAAUCCUGCAAGGAAAGUUGGAGUUUAGUACUAGUACAUCAUGAAUUAUUAAGCCUGCAAGAUCACUCCAUUUAAUUGCCAAAAACAAAUUUUGGCCAACUUUCAACUUCAUGGUUUGACACCACACACACACAUGAACCAAGCCUUUCUAUAGAUCAGAAUGCUUGGGAAUCCACCACUAAAUUUUAUGCUGUAGACCGGAAAUCACGCUGGUUUUAUGCGAGUCCGGCUUUUCCCCGAGAUGCAGUCCACUGACCGUGGUGCAGAUUUCUCUCUACAAGCUGGAUCAGUGGUGUAGUUUUAGAAAUUGUGAAUAUUAUUAUACAGCAUGAUAGAAUGCGUGCACUGCAGCUAUUUUACUCCUAAAUAGCAUUUUUUUUAGUAUUUAUUCAAAGCUCUCUGUAAAGAAUCACAAAUUUUGUGGCAUUUGGAGCUUAGUCAGCCAAUUGUUAGUCAUAUUCUCUGGCUAUGGGACUGUGAUUAGUUUUGUGAUAUAUGGUUAUAUAGCACAUGAUAACUACUCUGUAGUUUGAAACCAUAUAUUAUACAAACAAUGUCACUAAGUGCCGUGAAGAAUUAGUUUAAACUUUAAACCCAAAUAUUAUAAGAGCAUAUUCAAAUCAGUGUCAAAGUUAUAUGUUUAUUUGACUCCUAUAA